AUGUCCCUUCUUCUCCGUCGGCGAUCGGGUCAAUCAAAUCAUGGAAUUAGCGAACCAUCGCCUGGAAGCUACGGACUUGCUAGGGACUUACCUGAUGAUUUUGAUCCAGGGAUAAUUUAUGGCACUCGGCACCCCGAUUGGUCGUUCCCUCGAAGAUCUGCGCCUCCCCAAACUCAUACUAUAUUACGCCCCGAAAGUCGGGUCCAAGGAAACUCAGGCAAUGGAAGCUCUUCGCAAAGCAAAGACCCGACAGCCGAGAAUGUUCAUCCACGCAAAAGGCAAGCAUUUUUUACGGAGCACUUUAGUGACCUUGAUACUCAAGGCGGUUCCGAACACCCAGAUGAAGGCUUCGAGGAAGCCCCGCCGAACGACGCCGAGGCUCCACAGCCUUCAAAUGCGGGAAGUAGCUCGGAAGUGUAUUCGGUCGGCAGUAAUGCAGCAAAUGUCACUCCGAAGUUGGUGCAUGGUGCUACCACUGCGGAUCCCGAGAAUCAUAAUCUAUACCUUUUAGAUGGUGAACCGGCCCAAUGGUCGUUAGUUAGUGCGGAGAAGAGCGACAGUGAAGAGGGUUCAUCAAAUCUCCUCACUCGGUAUUCGGAAAUAUCCCUAGAUCCUCUUCAUAAUAGCUCUCGUUUUAGCUUCGAGGCGAGCAGCGCCGCAGAGUCAAUCCAUGGCGAGGAGCUAUCAUUAUCGGAAAAUCUCAUUCAGAAAUCGCAGUAUCGUUCUCAGACCAAUUGCCGGCGGAGCUCUUCUGAUACGGCCUCUUUCACCAGUGAUGAUAUCCAAUCAAUCACGUCUGAGGACCUCCGAGACGAGGACGGGGAUGGAUUCACUGCUUCAUUUUCCGAUUUCCCACAAAGGAUUGUCCCUCCUCCAGGAUUCGAAAAUGUGAUUGUUGAUGCUAUGGAAAACGCUCGUCGACUACAGCAAAUAGAAUUAGAGGAACAAAGUGACCCGCAACCAGCGAGCCCAAAUAGUGCUAGUAUUGGGUCCAGCGAGAUCGGAAUCAAUGGGAGCAUGACGGAGGAAGAAGAAGGGGGGGCAGCAAAACUUGAAGGUAGUAACUACCGAAUAGCCUACCCCCCUUUUGUCAAUCCGCCGGGGCCUAGUCGCCACGGUCUCGUUGCUUGGGAGUCCGGGGUGGCUGAGGCUUCCGUCGCCCAAGUACCCAACGAGGGUCAAAACUCUCCCAUACUCACGUUCCAUAAUAUAUUCCAGUCAGCAGCCCAAGGGGUGAACGAAUAUGACUCGGGAUCUCCUUCAUCAUUCUCAGGCUCCCAGUCACUCCGCCAAAGUGGAUGUCACACACAAUUUCCUGAUGAAGAGGUUGAAAUUGGGGAUGAGGAAGACAUGAUAGCCGAAGCUAAUCGGGAUGCUCUAGCUUCCGAUAGCGAUGGGUGGUACGGUCAAGAGUUUGAUUUCUAUCCCAGCUCUUCUACAAACAGUACCUACUUAGCAGGAGGGUUUUUUGGUAUAGAUCUCCCGAAACCCGGGUUUAUUCGGAAUCCAUCCCUGACUCCGAUUAGCGAGCGUUCGGAAAGCUCACUCCGGAAUUCUCUGAGCCUCAUUGGCCCAAAUUCGAUACCGAAUUGUGGGGUUUCAGCAGGGCCACUCAGCACAGCGCUAUUUACAGAACUCGCUAAACGCGAGCAGCUGAGUUGUGAUGAAACUACACUCAGUCAGCUCCAGUUAUUAAGCGGCACCAAACAUCCUGAAGAAGCUGUGAAGCAUCUAACACUAAUUGCCUCUGCCCCUUCGGCUGUGGUCCCAAUGGCCAGUUUAUUUGACGGUCCGAGGACCUCGGCUCCGGGGUCAGCACCAUCGACUGGUCAGUUGCACCCUUUGCCCGAUUUCGAUGGUUCAAUUUGUCAUCACCCUGGUGGUGACAUUAGCACAUCCUAUGUCCAUGAUACCGAUUUAGGAUGGGUGAUGGAGAAGCGGAGGGGUGGUGAAUUAAUUCAGCGGGAGUUAGUCCAAGGUGCGGUGUGA